AAGAAGCCUAGCUACACUGUUCGCAAAAUCUACUAGAUGUUGUUAAUAUAUGUCAAUGGAUGUUCCUCCAGGAAGCACACACAGUCAAACUCAAACAAGAAAAAGGAAGAAAUAAACAGAAUAAGAACCAUCUCUCAGCUCUUCAUUUCAAACUCUGGAAUAUUUGCCUUAAGUGGUGUUCUGGCUGACAUACCUGAGUGAACCUGUUUCACAAUGCCAGAAAAAUCAUUGAGAAAAUGUUUAGAUCCAUUUUUGGAAUAAAAUUCUUUACAAGACCUCGGUCUUCAGGAGAUAUGGACUCUUCUUCGAAGAAGUCCAAACGAAGGAGUGAGAGACCUUCGUCUCUUGAAGACCUCAACCCUCCCACCAUCUUGAGGGAGCAUGGACGAAGGGGUGAGAGACCUUCGUCUAGUGGAGACACCAACCCUUCUACCAUCAUGAAGGAGCACAGAUAAAGGUGUGAGGGCCCUUUGUCUUGUGCAGAAAACCAGCCCUCUAUCACCAGGCAGCAAGAACGAAGGGAUGUGAGCUCUUUGUUCAUCGUGGGCACCAACCCUUCUACCAUCAUGAAGGAGCGCAGGCAAAGGGGUGAGAGCCCUUUGUCUUGUGCAGAACACAAGCCCUCUACCACCAGGCAGCACGUACAAAGGGGUGACAGCCCUUCCUCUACUCCAAGGCGGCAGCAAGCAUGGAGAGGUGAGAGCCCUUCAUCUACUCCAAAGCGGCAGCAAGCAUGGAGAGGUGAGAGCCCUUCCUCUUCAUCUUCUGAAGACAAGCAGCCUACUACUCGGAGGCGGCAGCAAGCAUGGAGGGGUGAGAGCCCUUCGUCAUCAUCUUCUGAAGAUGACCAGCGUUCUACCUUAAGGCAGCAAGUACGAAGGGAUGUUCAUCGUGGGCACCAACCCUUCUGCCAUCAUGAAGGAGAGCAGGCAAAGGGGUGAGAGCGCUUUGUCUUCCUCUUCUGAAGAGGAUGAGCCUUCUACCACCAGGCAGGCAGUACGAAGGUUUGAGAGCCCUUCCUAUUCAUCCUUUGAAGACAAGCAGCCUACUACUCCAAGGCGGCAGCAAGCAUGGAGAGGUGAGAGUCCUUCGUCGUCAUCUUCUGAAGAUGACCAGCGUUGUACCACCAGGCUGCUAGUACGAAGGGAUGUGAGCUCUUUGUUCAUCGUGGCCACCAAUCCUUCUACCAUCACGAACGAGCGCAGGCAAAGGGGUGAGAGCCCUUUGUCUUGUGCAGAAAACCAGCCCUCUACCACCAGGCAGCAAGUACGAAGGUUUGAGAGCCCUUUGUCGUCAUCUUCUAAAGAUGACCAGCGUUCUACCACCAGGCAGCAAGAACAAAAGGAUGUGAGCUCUUUGUUCUUCGUAGGCACAAACAUGAAGGAGCGCAGGCGAAAGGGUGAGAGCCCUUUGUCUUGUGCAGAAAACAUGCCCUUUACCACCAGUGCAAGAAAGGAGAGGGAGAUCAUUGAAAGAGAAAAGCAGCAUUUGGAGGAGGAGGGUUUAAAAAGAGAAAGAGAGAGGUGUGAAAAGAUGAAGAGAAAGAACCAGGAGAAGGAGAGGAAAACAUUUGGUCUGCGUUCAAGAAUGUACAUUUGGUGGCUCAAUUGCAAGAUAGACAACAUUGCCAGGGACAUCCAAUCAACCUUUGUGGAUGAGCGCUACCGCCUGCGUCAUGAUCCCCUCAGAAAUCCAGAGAAAAUGGCAGAAAAAGAACGGCUGCUUGACCGAAGGAGGGAGCUGGUCAUGUACAAACGCAGACAAGAAUUUAAGGUGGAGAGGGAAGGGAGGAAGCAAAGACUGAAGGUAGAGAGGAAGGAAAUAAAUGCGAAGAAGUUGGAGAAUAUCUCUGAGUUAUGCAGCAACUCAGAAUACCCAGCUAUGUUAAAAUUUCUCUACGGACCAAUGCCAGUCAGGUCACAUAUAUAUAUAUAUCAAUUAAGAUAAAAGUAGAGCAAUCAGAAAAAUGGCACCAAAUAGAGAGAGGUAAUUGAGGGAGACGGCAAAAACUUCAGAUUUGACAAAACAGAAGUAAAGAAAAGUAAAAUAUUCUUUUAAAACAUUAGCAACCACCAUCAAAUAUCCUUGUAACCACAUGAUAACACCCUAGAUGUUGGCUUUAAUUUAGUUAUACAGUCAAAGAGCAUUGUGCAAAUAACAGUGUCCUAACUUAAUGCCACCUGACCCAAUCUAAUUCAUCCUAACCUAGGCUAAUUUAACCAAGGUUAGCCCAACACCUAUCCUAAUUUAGCUUUGGUUAGGCUCUGGCAGAGACCUUAGGGUUAGGGUUAGACCCUAAAGACAGUAGAAAGAAGGAAGGCAACACUAGGGCGACAAA